GCUGGAGGCGGCGCUGCGCGGGCUGGAGGACCGCGUGGAGCGGGCCGAGGAGCGGGCGCGCCGGGCCGAGGAGCAGGGCCGCAGGGCCGAGGAGGAGCUGGGCGCCCUGAGGUCGCAGCAGGACCAGCUACUACGGAGGCAGCAGGACGACGGCGCGCUCAUGCACCAGCUCACGGACCGCGCCCAGAGGGCCGAGGAGCGGCACCGCAGGGCCGAGGAGGAGCUGGGCGGCCUGCGGCCGCAGCUGGACCAGCUCCUGAGGCGGCAGCAGGAGGACGGCGCGCUCCUGCGGUCCCUGCAGGAGCAGCUGCGAGAGGCGAAGGACGGCAGCGAGGUGCUGAAGAGGGACCUGGCAGCACUGACGGACCUGAAGAGGGAGCAGCGCGACCUGCGAGGCUCCUGGGAGGCAUCGACGAACGAGACGAUGCAGAAGGCGCUCGACCUGUCGAGCAGCGCCUUCGAGGCCGCCAAGAGCGCGAGGCAAGACAUCACGUCUCUCCGCAGCGCCCUUGCUGCCAACACCGGCCGCGCCCAGCAGGGCUUCGAGGCCGCGGCCGCCGCGGGGCUGCCCAGCCGCAUCCUGCACCUGCAGUCCCAGCACGCGCCGCCGCGUGGCCUCGGCCUCGGCGCCGCCGAGCAGGCGCCCGCGGCCGCGAGCGGGGAGCAGGCCCCGGCCCUGCUGCGGCUGCGGUGA